UAUAAGAGGGGUCAGUAACUCUUAAACUGGGAGAGAAACAGAUGUCAGCUGUUCUCCUCCUCCCAUAACCUGGUCUCCCUCCCUCUUACAUAGUCUGGACGCUUGAAAAAUCCCUGCCACAUCACUGCCACGAGGCUAUCCCUCAAUUCAGAAAAUGCAGAAAGUCUUUCUCAUAAAACAACUAUAACCAUGUUCCUAAUGGAUGGGUGUCUCAGCUGCAGAAGGAACCAGUGAGAAGAACAGACUGGAAUGAAGGAAAAGAGGAGGAGAUAAAAGAGCAGAGAGAGGGAGAGGAAGAGAGAGAGAGACUGGGGGUGAAAAAACAACAGGAAACCAAACGAUUCUAAUGCUGUUUCUGCAAAUCAGCUCACAUAAGUCAGCCGAGUACCAUGAGGAACAGUCCCGCCACGUCUUUUCUCGGCUCAUCUCCUGAGGAACUAGCCAUGUAAAAAGAGUUGAAGUUUGAAAAGUGACGUCAGCACCAACUGUGUGGUCUGUCAGGGUGCGAGCGGAUGCAGGCGUUUGGGAGCUGUGUGCUGGGAUUCUUGUGCGGCUGCCUUUUGACCUACCAUCUCAAUUCUGUUUUUUGGGCUCUUAUGGAUCAAUUCUGGUGGUUUCAGGGAACGUUCUGUUUCAAUCUUCUGGACUACUAACUGGAGCCCACAUGAAGAAUAAAGGAAACAAGCAGAAGACCAAAAAGAAAGGAAGUGAGAAUGUGUUCGGCUGUGACCUGACAGAACAUCUCCAGGGCUCAGGACAAGAUGUUCCUCAGGUUCUCCAGAAGUGUGCAGAGUUUAUUGAGCAGUAUGGGAUUGUGGACGGGAUCUACAGACUCUCAGGUGUCACCUCAAACAUCCAGCGUCUCAGGCAGGAAUUCUGCUCCGAGGCGUGCCCUGACCUUACCAAGGAAGUAUACCUCCAGGACAUCCACUGUGUGGGUUCCUUAUGUAAGCUCUACUUCAGGGAGCUGCCCAAUCCUCUGCUCACAUACGAGCUCUACAGCAAAUUCACUGAGGCUGUGUCGUUUCAAGGAGAUCCAGACAGACUUUCACAUAUUCAGACAGUUAUCAAAGAACUUCCGUCCCCUCACUUCAGGACUCUGGAAUACCUUUCCAAGCACUUGGCCCGACUUGCUACCUUAAGCGCCCAGACAAAUAUGCACACGCGUAAUCUGGCUUUGGUUUGGGCUCCAAAUCUGUUAAGAUCCAAGGACAUUGAGACUUCAUCUGGUAAUGGAGACAUGGCCUUCCAGGAAGUGCGAAUACAGCAGUCAGUGAUCGAGUUUAUCUUAAACAACACAGAGCAGAUCUUCAGUGGUGAUUCUGAUCAAACAAAACCCAAAGAAGGACCGAGUUUGAUGUGUGCAGAGAAAUACGCCACUCUCCCGAUCAGUGGUGGGAGUGGGCCGAUGAAACUGAUGAGUCUGGAAGAAGCCCAGGCCCGUUCCUUAAGUCCAAACCACCCAGUACACAAAGAACGUCAGCGAGAGAACAGCCUACCUGAUACCAGCACUGCAUCGCUCUAUCACACGGUCAUAGAAAUAUCAGACAAGAGGAGGUUCUCUGGAAAAUCUAAAAAGUGGAAGUCUAUCUUUAACCUGGGAAGAUCUGUGGAGUCAAAGGGAAAACUCAGCCGCAAUGGCAGUGUGUUCAUCAGAGCACAGGGAGCAUCAGAAAAGGCAGCUCUGCGUCCUUCCAAAAGCAUGGAGUCCUUGUGCUCCUCAUCUCCAGAUGAUGACGGGGCAAGAAGCAAUACCUCAGCUGAUGGAUCCAAUAGUAUUUUUAUUCCUGAUGUGAAAUCCAGAACACUGGGAUCUGACUCACUCUACGAUCUCAACGAACAUAACCAAAACUGGGAGAUGAAAGCAAAGAAAGGUGGUGCAAAGGCCAGCUGGAGCUCUGGCCUGAACCAAAAAGACUCACCGGGAGCUUCCGCUUUUCAGAAAACAAUGCCAGAACAACUCAAGGUGUUCAAAGGGGAUGACCUCAGCAACUACAAACCGAGUUCUCCGAAAAACAGGAGGAUGCUGUACUCUGGCUCCUCCCGGCCCUCGUUCCCAGGCAGCUUCUUUCCACUGGAGUCUUCGCCGAGGCACCAACGCAGAGCCGUCAACAUAUCUGAGCCUUUUGCUGUGUCCGUGCCCUUACGUGUAUCUGCUGUCAUCAGCUCCAACAGCACGCCUUGCAGGGGGCUCAACAAAGAGAAAGCAGCCACUUUGAAGCCUUGCAGGGAGCCUACAGAGCAGAGCAGCCACUUUAAAAAGAGCAACACGUUCCCUCUGCUGGAGCCGAAAAGGCAGGAAGGAACAGAGAAGAAGCACACCGAGGUUCUGACCUUCAAAGUGUCGCCAGAGGAUAAAGACAAACAAACAUUGCAAAAAAACGAAGGAGAAAAGAUUGUUUCUAAACUGGAAGAGCUACCUAAUGCACAAAAAAGUGAAGACAAAGAUACAGCGCCAUCUUCUGGGGAAGACAUUCACAAUCUCCCUAAAGAUACACAACUGGCUGUUGAACCUGCUGCUGGGAAAAUGCUUUGGUCUGACCUCCAUCAAGAGCUGAUGAUAACUGAGCCUGAAAUCAACCUGCUGCAUACGACUUUUAAGCCGGCUUUUGCUUCAACAAGCACCAAGUUAACAAUGGACGUCAAGUCAAAGCGAAGCCGCAGCUCUCCAUCUUUAUCUUUGCUUUGUAAGGAGACUUCGUCGAACGCCUCUUUGGGUGAGCGUGUAACUGCAAAUAGACCCGACUCAAAAAGAAAACAGCCCUCGGAAUCAGACCUGUUGUUUUGUGUUCACAAAAACUUUGACGUCCAAAUUUCAAGCACAUUAGACGCAAAAGAGAAACUGAAACCUUUACAUAAAAGUGCACCAGCUUACACCAGCCAAUGCCAGGUUCCUAGGAGGGAAACCAGGGAAGGCUGUGUUAGAAAUCCUUUAACGAUAGAGGACGCCCCACAGGUCGCAAGCUUCUCAGACAGUGCAGACAGACAAUCUGAGAAACAAGAGGACACAAAAAUAUCACAGGAUGAAGUAAAGAAAAGUGUGAAUCCUGAGGUGGAACCCUGUCAGAGACUCUCGGUGUGUUUAGAGGAGAGACGAAACAUGCCAGAGCUGGCAAACUUUGAUGAUGAAGAUGUAUUUGGAAUGAACCUGGAGGAGCUGGACUUGGUGGAGUCCUGGGAGGAUCUUAGCUCCACCAAGCAGUGGGUUACUAGUCCUCUGCACUCACCUGAUGUUGAGGAGCUGUUUAACCAACUUUCCCCCUUCAGUUCUAAGGGAGAAACUCCAAACCCAGAAGCUUCAUCUCCUGAAAAUGUUCCUCAGAAUGUUGGAGCUAAUCCAGAAAUUAAAUGGACCAAUCUGCCAUUGGUGCCCAGACGAACGAGUUUGAAUAACAAUAAUGCAACCCAACCUCCAACAGCAAAGAGCAGCACAACAAAACCAAAGAAUACAGCAUCAUCUCAGAGAUUCAUCAGGCAAAUGUCAUGUGAGACAACAGUGCCAGAGAAAAAAGAGGAGCAUGGCUCUUUCAGACAAAGACCCUGCUCCCUUAACUUAGACCUUAGCCAUCGAUGCAUAAGAGACAUUUCAAAUCAGCAAAAUCGCAAGUCGUCUGAGUUUUUUUCUGGUCCAAAAGGCUUGCUGGCCGCUUCUGGAACUGUGAAUAAAGGACAUUCUGAGUUGGAUCUGUUUCUAAAUGACAGACAGGCACCUCUCCGCCGAAACUCUGCCCCAGUCAGUGUGUCAUCGGUGAGGACAGCCUUCAUGAUAAAAACAUGUCAGGUCAAAGCUGUGCCCGUUGUCCCUCCACAGGUGCAGUACAGCCAGAUACCUCAAACAAGGCAAGAAAGUGAUUCUGGCACUGUGAAGGAGCAAGAAAAGGGAUUCUCAAAGACAAGCACAGACAAAAGCACUGCCAUCCCGCCUAUGAUGAUGUCGGACCUAAAGGAGGAACUGGAGAACAAAGAACCACCCCAUAAACACCAAAAGCAUGCAAAUGUUCAGAAAUCAGCUGAAGCUGGGAAGAAUGCCACCCCAGAGCUGCCAGUCAUAACUAGGAGACAUGCCCCAAGUCUGGAAGUGUUUGUAGAUGGUCCUAGACCCAACAGAGGAGCACUGCUACAAAGGCCAUCCUUUAGAAACCGGCAGAGACCUCAGAGCCUCAUCCUUCUCAGCCCCCCUUUCCCGUUCAUGGACUAUCCAACAUCAGGGGACGAUGGCAAGCUGCUAUCAUCCAUCAAGAGUCUAAAUGACACGUCGGCACUCAAUGUCUUUUCCAAAGAGAUGACUGAAAACUUCAGGACACAAGAGGGACUCGCUCUGCAGAAUAAAAUGACGAUUCCGAAAAGCGGACAGAGACUAGAAACAUCAACCAGCUGCUUCUACCAGCCUCAGAGGAGGUCCAUGAUAUUUGACAGCAGGAGUCCCAGGCAGAUCGAAUGACUGCGAGUGGGUUUAUGUACAUAAACUGUACAUAAACAGUACAGUUUAUGUACUGUAGGUGCAGUACAUAAAGUAACUUUGGAAAAAA